AUGGCCGCCGUCGCUGCUGUCGCGGGGCUCAGGGAGCUCGUCAUGGACAAGUGCCUCGGCGUGAUGGAUCGACUAGCAGGAAGUACCAAGAACACACAUGUGCUAACACGCCGGCGAGAGGAAUGCGAACUUUCUGUUAUUUCCUGCUCUGGCGUCACCGUUGGCGAAGGAUUGUGCUUCUCUCGUCGUCUCCGUCGAUUACUAAAGCUGAAGGUGAGCAAUGAAUCCCUUAGAUCACUCUCCACUUUCGAGAAGUUGGAGGACAUAACAAUGGUCUGCUGCUUGUUUACAGAUGAUGAUGGCCUACAGAUGCUAAGCGCAGGCAACUCGCUGAAGGAGCACUACUAG